AAUAUUUGAUGAACUUAGUACAGUAAUAGAACAAACGGCAUGGGAACAGAUGAAAUUGGCGGGCAUUGAGGAAAAGCAAUUAGCGAUAGAGGCUGGAGAUAUUGAUACUGAUGGUGUACCAUUGUGCCCUGUAAUUGCUGACGGUCAAUGGGGAAAAAGGAGUUAUAAGACCAAGUAUGACGCGUUAUCCGGAGCUGCUACAAUUAUUGGUUUUCGUUCUAACAAAAUAUUAUUUGUCGGAAUACGAAACCGUUACUGUUGUAUAUGUGAAAGAGCUCAUGCAUUAAAAUUGCCCACAAAAGACCAUAAAUGUUUUUUAAAUUGGGACAAAGCUGCCACUGGUAUGGAAGCUGAUGGAAUUUCCGAGGGAUUUGCCAGAAGCAUUGAGUUACAUGGUUUGAAAUUUAACAGAUUAAUUGGAGAUGGCGAUAGCAGCGUUUUAAAAAAACUAUUAGAAAUAGUUCCUUAUGGACCACACCAAUUGGUACAAAAAAUUGAAUGUCGCAACCAUAUACUAAGAAAUUAUAGUACAAAAUUAUCUGCAUUAACAAAAAACACAAAAUAUCCAACAUAUUUAAGACAGCUAAUUACAAAAAACAUUACUAAAUUCUGUGUAGCUAUUCGGAAGGCAAUUCAAUAUAGGAAAAAUUUAAAUAUUAACAAUAUUGCUAAAUAUCAACGGGAUACUUUGGAAAUAGAUACUCGAGAACAAAGUUCUAGUUCUAGGUGGUUUAUUGAAAGGCGUAAUCGUAUAACAGCUUCUGACUUUGGGAAAAUAUGCAAGAUGCGACAAACUACGUCAUGUAAAAAUAUCGUAGCUAACAAAUUAUACAGUACAUCUAGUACGAACGAGCCAAUGGCAUGCAAAUACGGUAAGGACCUGGAACCAGUUGCCCUGGAAUAUUUUGAAAAAAAUAUGGGGACAACGGUUCAAAAAUGUGGUUUAAUCAUUGAUGAAGAUUACCCGUUCUUCGGAGCAUCACCUGAUGGACUUAUUGGGAAUGAUAGCAUAAUUGAAGUGAAAUGUCCGUAUUCGGCCAAAGACUAUCCUACAGUUGAAGAGGCUAUUAAAGAUAAAAAGAUGGGUUUACACUUUACACAUAGCCUCAGUAUGCAUGGUCUAAAAUACAACAAACUUAUCGGUGAUGGCGACAGUAGUAUAACCAAAAGGUUAAACGAAGUGUUACCUUAUGGAAGUGAUUUUAAAAUUAAAAAAAUUGAAUGUCGGAAUCACCUACUAAGGAAUUACUGCACCAAACUGAUGGCACUCACGAAACGAACCGACUACCCAAUAACUGUCAGAAAAUGCAUUGUUAAAAAUAUUAUACGUUUUCGUUCUGACAUAACGAAAGCAACAGAUUAUCAUUUAAAUAACGAUUCAUCUAUUCAACAAAAAACUGUAGAACUAAGACGAGAUAUAUCAAACAGCGUUUAUCACAGACUUGGUGAACACAAAAACUGUGCUGAAUAUUUUUGUUCUGGUCCGAAAUUGGGUGAAAUAAAUCUUGUUCCUGUUGCUGAGAAAGCAGGAAUGAUGGGACAUAUUCGGAAUAUAGUGUACAGACUAUCAGUUAAUGCAGAUAGCCUUAUAGAAAACGUAGACAAUAAUCCGUGUGAGCAAUUAAAUAGCUUGAUUAAUAAACAUAUUGGAGGCAAAAGAAUAAAUUUCACACAAAAAAAUAACUACACUACUAGAGUUGAGGCAGCUGUAGUGGCAUUCAAUUCAAAAAACUACUCACGGAUUGUACAUAAAAAAAUAGUUUUUAAAAGCCCAGGUAUGUUUGCUAAACGAUAUUUACAAAAUAUUGACAGAAUUAGAAAAAAUACAACUAUAGUAAGGAAACGAUUAUUUGAAAGUGGAAAAAAACGAUCUAAAUUAACAACAACUCGAUUUAGCGGACCGGGUAUGCACUAUGGCUUAGCAGAACCUUUAGAUGAUAUUCUUACCAAUGAAGAAUUAAGUAUAAAACAGAAUUUAUUUUUAAAAAAAUUGGAAAAAGUCGAUCGAAAAGAACUUGAAUGUACUACAAAAGAUCAAAGUCAUAGCCAAGACUGGUACCAUGAAAGACGAAAGAGGCUUACUGCGUCAAAUUUCGGUGACAUAUGUAAAAUGCGAGAGAAUACAAGUUGCCAAAAAAAAGUAUUUAGUCUUCUUUAUGGGUCAAAUAUCACAUCAAGAGAAAUUUCUUAUGGUAUUGAAAUGGAACCUCAAGGUAGAGCUCAAUUCGAAGUUUUAAGUGGAAAGACUGUUGAGUUAUGUGGAUUAUUUGCCGAUAGUGAAUUUCCUUUUUUAGCUGCAAGUCCUGAUGGGUUGGUUGGAGAAAACGGAAUAGUAGAAAUAAAAUGUCCAUUUGUGGCAAUAAAUACUUUAAACGCCGUUGAGGCUGUGAAUAAUAAACUACUGAAAUACUGCAACAUCACGAAUGACAACAGAAUAGAACUUAAACGGGAGCAUAAAUAUUAUUAUCAAGUUAUGGGACAAAUGCGAAUAACAAAUCGCAGACUGUGUUAUUUUGUAGUGUAUACGCCUAAUUGGAAAAGUAUACAAGAAAUUAAAUAUGAUGAAAUAUUUUGGAACACAAAAAUGGCCGAACAACUUAAAAGAUUUUAUAUGGAGUGUUUACUACCGGAAAUUGUCGACCCGCUUUAUGGUAAACGCUUCGAAAUCACGGAUAUCAGAGAACCCGAAUAUAUAAAGGAGGCUCAAAGAAAAAAAUUAAAACAAUAAUAAUAUCUAGGUAUACUGUACGCAGUACGGGUAUCAAAUAAUAUUAAAAUU